AUGGCUUUACGUCUUGUGUCUAUCUUCACGCUUAUUGUGACGGUUGGAUUGGGUGCAAUGUUCACGUUGAUUUACUCCACGCAUACCUUUAAAAAAGACCCGAUCGAGCUAUGCCCUAGUGAACCGUCACAGUCCGUUCGCGCACUCAGCAUGCUUAAUUCCAAGAGGAAGAUAUCGUACGUGCUUGUCGUUACACAUCCCCGUAGUGGUUCGACCUUGACAGGUGACAUCAUUCAGAAGUAUGAAAACAGUUUCUAUGCGUUUGAACCACUUCGAUUUGCAGCCGAGUCCAUGCAACUUGGGCAAACUGUCAUUUAUCUAAAUGGCACAAAACGCAACUACAACUACACUCGAGAUGCCGUUUGGGUGGAAGCCGAUUUAGUAUACAGAUGGUUUACAUGUGAUUUCUGUCGUAUCAACAUCAAAGACCUGAAAAGCAAGUUUAUUCAAUCAUAUUCAACUAAUUUACAGGCCUACGCCUAUUGUCUUAAACGAAACAAAUAUGGAUCAGUAUCACAAUGUGUACCAUAUUUACAAAGAACUUGUGAAAAGGCUAGAGUACGCGCCAUCAAAACAGUACGCUUGUUUAGUCUGGAAACUAUAUCAAUUCUAUUAAAACGGAUACCGCAUCUCAAAAUCGUAUAUCUUGUGAGGGACCCCAGGGGAAGACUUGCCUCCCAAGCUGCUUUAGACCCAACGGAGUGGAAUAUUGUGAAGGAUCAAUCAAGGACAAUGUGUACACAACUGCACGAGGAAAUAAGAUACCUUACUGAAAUAUGGAAGCUUUAUUCAGAACAGGUGAAAAUUCUUAUGUACGAAAGGUUUGCAAUUUUUCCGAUUGAAACAUCGAAAAGGUUGUUCAGUUUUUUAGGUUUGGAUUUUGAUAAGUAUUUACAGGUCUUUGUCAGAUCGGUUACCAGUGGAAGUGUCGAUAAUGCAGGCUGUUACUGGUGUACAAAGAAAACAAAUUCCCAAAAAACAGCCGUCAAUUGGCGUAAGAGUAUUAAAUAUGACUAUGUUAAAAUUAUAGAUGAUCAGUGCAGCGAUGUUUAUCAUCAACUUGGGUACAUCAACAUAAAAAACGAAGAUCAUCUUCGGAAUACAUCGAACUCGCUUGUCAGCGAAAGAAAUCUAACAUGUUUAUUAUUAUGA